UCCAGUUGCGCAUGAUGAUGAAAGAUGAGGGCACGGUCAGAGAUGAGCCAUGCAACUCUCUGCCGCCCAGCCGGCACUCACCCUUCCAUCAUUCUGCAAACUGCAUUUAGAGAGAGAGAGAGAGAGAUGCCAAUAUUGCUGCUGUAGAAAUCCUACAAGGGUACAAAGGGCAGAACCAGAUAUGUAUCUCCAUUCUGUGAAAGUAAAGUUGAUAGUCACCAAACCUGGCGCGUGAUCCAAGACGAUACAAUCCCACUGACAUUCUCUCUUUCUUUCUCACUAUGAACGGUGUGUAUUUGAAUGCAAUUUAAAGCAUAUGGGUUUUGUGGGGCUCAGUCUGCUCAGAUGAUAAAGUGGCUAGUUCUUUAGUCUCUUUCUCUUGACCAAACUCCCAUAGCCCCCAUAGCCCUAGCUACUCUAGGGUUUCCUUUUUCUUCUUUAUUUAUUGCUCUUCCCCCAUUCUCAAUUUUCUCCACCAACAGAACCAAAAAAGAAAAGAAAAAAAAAAAAAAAAAAAGGAAAUCCCAGUUUCCAACCUCUUUCAAAGUUUUUUCAUUUCGAGGGUAUAUAUGGCUAUAUGGUUCCAGACCUGGUUUCUUUUCCUCUUCUACGGCUUUUGUAAAGAGGUUUGGGAACACAUAGAGCUAGCAUAUUUCCUCUGAGUUCUCCGCAGAUAUAAAGAUAGACGAGAGAGUGCUUCGAAGGUAAGCUCGUGGGUUAAUUUGUUUGUAUUAAUUUACAGUAUAAAUUUUGGAUUUGGUAGUGUUGUCUGGGAUGGGUUUUGGGGACGAACAGAAAUAGCCGGGCAGCAGGAGUACUAUCAGUUCUCAGAGUGGACGUGGCUCUUGCAAAUUUCAGGAGAACAUUAGCUUCGAGGGCAAUCAAAAAUAUAGAAUGACCAUUUGAGGGGCCAAAAAAAAGAAAAAAAAAAAGAAAAAAAAAAGAAGGGAAUAGGAAAGAGAAAUAGUUGAGAAAGAGGGUGAUUAGAAGAUUAGGGAUCUGGAUUUCCAGAGGAAUCAUCACCGCUACCACCAUGAGAGGCCUCUCCCCCAAACCAUAGAACCAAGCUCAGAAGAGCAAGGGGAAGAGAAAAGGCAGUACCAAAGCGAAGAAAAGAAUGAAGUAUGCUACAGCCAUUUUCAGCAACUUCAACCUCUUCAGCACCAACAGCCAUAUGGCGAAUCCAUAGGCACAUCCCAAAGACAAGUGUCCAAUAAGCAAAAGCAAGAGCAGAACAACAUUGGAUAUGCAAAGCACAGAGGAAGAAUGGGAAUGAAGAGUAGUACUGGUGGGGAGAUAAUACAGGUCCAAGGAGGCCACAUUGUUCGAUCCACCGGCCGAAAAGACCGACACAGUAAGGUCUACACCGCAAAAGGACCCAGGGACCGGCGAGUCAGACUGUCAGCACACACUGCAAUCCAGUUCUACGAUGUGCAGGACCGUCUGGGCUACGAUCGACCCAGCAAAGCCGUUGACUGGCUCAUUAAGAAGGCGAAAUCCGCCAUUGACAAGCUCGCUGAGCUUCCACCCUGGAACCCAGCUAGCACUGCGCAGCCUAAUAAUGCGGCUGCAGGGAAGGCAUCCGUUCAAGAACAGCAACCAGUGUGUUCUGGUUACAGCUUCCUGUUUCAGGGGCAGUUGGGAGAGAACCCAAAUAGUACUUCUUCGUUUAUUCCACCAUCUAUGGACUCUCAGACCAUUGAUGAUACAAUCAAGUCGUUCUUCCCCAAGUGUUCAGAGACUUCUAGCUCAAUCAAUUUUCACAACUACCCACCUGAAAUAAUGUCAAGAACCACAAACCAGGCUGAAGAUCUUUGCCUGUCUCUUCACCCUUUCCAUGAUCCACAAGGAGAAUCGGGGCACACAGUCCCAUCCGGCGAUCAGACCCUUUUCGCCCGGCCGACACCGGUCGAGUUUGGGACCAACUCGAGCGGCUGGUCCGAGCUCCAGUCGCCCGACAUGAGCCGGUUUCAGAGAAUGGUGGCUUGGAAUGGAGGAGAAGGAAGCGGCGAGGUGGAGAAUAGAGGUGGAUUUAUGUUCAACUCGCUGCAACUGCAGCCGCCUUUGGUUAGCCACGGCUCACAGUUUUCUCAGAGGGGACACCUUCAGUCCAGUUUCUCGGCGGAAUCGGUUCGGGCUAAUUGGGAUGAGCUGCAAAUUGCCUCUGUCGAUCAUCAUAAAGCGCACCAAGUUCAUCAAUCUUCACUCACCGGGGCUGCAUUCACCUCUGAAGAAUUUCCAAGCUUUCGCAUUCCACUGCAAAUUCAUGGAGAAGAGGGGCAUGGGUUGGUUUCUGAUAAGCCAUCCUUGGCCUCUCCCAACUCGCGCCAUUGAAUUUAGCUAUAAGGAUUCUCUAAACUCUGUUGUGGUGGCCGUGCAGGACAAAUUUGAGAUGACCAAGAACCUUGGGAAGAUAUUACUUGGUUAGCUUCAGAAUUUGUCAUGUUCAUCAGUUACGCACAGAAGUUUUUCUAUAUGUUGAUGCAUGGUUUCUUGCUUGCAUUGAUGGGCUCAUUCAGCUGAAGUUUGAAUAUGUUUAUUUGAUUGUUGCACAUUACUGUUCCUCAUGUUAGAUUUUCAUUCCCUAUCACGCUGCUGUUGCUGCUUUCAGUUUUUAGUUAAAAGUCCCCUAUUUAAAGAAGAAUAAGGAAACUAUUUGAUUGCA